GAACGCAUAAGUGGAUUUGGGGUUAUCUUAGUCAUUUGAUCUACCACCAAUUUCUAGGGUUUGGAGGCUCCAUAUAUAAACAUCGAGAAGUUCAACUUUGCAAGGUUUCUCCGUCUCCUGCAAAUUGCAAUUUUCAGCUCAUCUGUUGUUGAGAGCCUUACAAAAAUCUUGCCAAGAUGAUGAACGAAGAAGGACAAAACAUGGAUCUUUACAUCCCAAGGAAAUGUUCUGCUACAAAUAGAAUUAUUACUGCAAAAGACCAUGCUUCAGUUCAGCUUAACAUUGGCCAUAUCAAUGAGAGUGGUAUCUAUACUGGAAAGUUCUCCACUUUUGCACUUAGUGGUUUCGUUCGUGCCCAGGGAGAUGCUGACAGUGCAGUUGAUCGGCUAUGGCAGAAGAAGAAAGUUGAAGAAACUCAACAGUAGAGGGAUGAAUGUCAAUAUCUGCAGUUGUGAGUUUGCUGGCGUUAGUCUGUGAAAGUUUCUUCAACUGCAGUUGUGAGUUUGCUGGCACACAAGAUCAAACUCAUCAUUUUGUAGGAGACAAGUAAAGUCAUGAACACCACAAUAGUUAGUGUUUCUACAUUUAAUCAUGAGUUUUGGGGACGUAAUUUUGUGAAAGUUUUUCGGGACGUAAUUUUGUGAAAGUUUUUCCCAGAAUGAUGAGUUUGAUCUUGUGUGCCAAACCUAAUUGAUGCACUUUCUGUUUCCUUUAUUGUUUUUCUUUCCUGCCUCCUUGUGAAAUAGAAAUAUAUGGGUAGCAUAUUUUUUUUGAA